UUGUCUUGCACACAGAUGUUAAUUUUGCUUCCUCUUUCCAGGGCAACGUUUUGGCUGGGGAAUGAAACCUUACGAGUCUCGGCAGCGCUUUUUGCCUUGAAUAGAACUCGCUUGUGUGAUCGGCUGAGAGCAAACAAGGAUGUUCCAAAGAACGCAAUUGUCAUCUUGCAAGGGGGAGAGCAGACCAACCGCUACUGUACUGAUACAGGCAUUAUUUUUCGCCAAGAAUCCUAUUUCCACUGGACCUUUGGUGUAACAGAGGCCGACUGCUAUGGAGCCAUUGAGGUUGACACUGGAAACACCAUCCUCUUCAUCCCAAGGCUUCCAGAAAGCUAUGCUGUUUGGAUGGGAAAGAUCCACCCUCCUGAAUACUUCAAGGAGAAAUAUGCUAUUAAUGAAGUACGCUAUACAGAUGAGAUUGCCAGUGUUUUGGCUUCGAAAAAACCUUCAGUUCUUCUUACUCUGCGAGGAACUAAUACCGACAGUGGAAGUGUGACCAGGGAAGCAUCUUUUGACAAAAUCAGCCAGUUUAUGGUAAACAAUACAAUUCUCCAUCCUGAGAUUACAGAAUGCCGUGUGAUUAAGACGGACAUGGAGUUGGAAGUCCUUCGCUACACCAAUAAAAUUUCCAGUGAAGCUCAUAAAGAGGUAAUGAAGGCCGUAAAACCUGGCAUGAAAGAAUAUGAGUUGGAGAGCCUGUUCCAGCACUACUGCUACACGCAAGGAGGCAUGCGGCACACUUCUUACACCUGCAUCUGUGGCAGUGGAGAUAACAGCUCGGUGUUGCACUAUGGUCAUGCUGGAGCUCCAAAUGAUAAAACCAUUGAAGACCGAGAUCUCUGCCUCUUUGACAUGGGAGGAGAGUAUUAUUGCUACGGUUCAGACAUCACCUGCACCUUUCCAGCAAGUGGAAAAUUCACUCCUGACCAGAAGGCUGUCUACGAGGCUGUGUACAAAUCAUCCCGGGCAGUGCUGGGCAGCAUCAAGCCAGGGGUGGCCUGGCCUGAUAUGCACCGUCUGGCAGACCGAGUCCAUCUGGAAGAGCUUACAAAAAUUGGCAUUCUUCAGGGCAAUGUUGAUGACAUGGUGAAGGUCCAUCUGGGUGCAAUAUUUAUGCCCCACGGGCUGGGACACUUUCUUGGAAUUGACGUUCAUGACGUAGGCGGCUACCCAGAGGGAGUGGAACGCAUUGAUUUGCCAGGGCUCCGGAGUUUGCGAACUGCCCGUACCCUUCUCGAAGGCAUGGUGCUGACUGUGGAGCCUGGCAUCUAUUUCAUUGACCAUGUCUUGGAUCAGGCCUUGGCUAAUCCCGCUCAGGCCUGUUUCAUCAACAAUGAAGUCCUUGCGCGUUUCCGAGAUUUUGGUGGGGUACGGAUUGAGGAUGACAUUGCGGUGACAGCCAGUGGAAUGGAGUUGCUGACUUGUGUCCCUCGCACGGUAGAGGAAAUUGAAGCAUUCCUGUCUGAGGCUCAGGGCAGCACCAAAUCUUUUGCUUCAGCCUCUAGCUAGGUGCCACCUCCUCCCUUGCCAUUCACCUCAGCUCUGUGAGAAAAGCAGCUACUUGCUUACAAAGGAAAGAAAUCUUUAAAAUCAAAGUACUUUUUUCCUAGGGCAAAAGAUAUGAAAAAAGGUGAUGGCACAGAUGGCCAAAUAUGAUUUUAGCUUGAUUUGCCUCUUUACAAGCUUUGCCCUCAAUGACGGGGGUAGCUGCUGUUAAGCAAAUACAAGAAUCAGUACAACAGAAUCUCCUCUUAAUAGCCAAUAUAAAGAGCAGAAGUUCUGCAGAUGAAAUAAAUGAAUAAAAGUGUUGCUUUGAAGAUCA